UUGUUUUCUAGGCUAAUUUGGCAUUUAGCUAAUAUUUUAGCUGGCUAUUAGCUUCAGCGUUUUCAGCUAUUAAUUUCAGCAGCUUCAGCUAUCAGCAUUAGCAUCUUCAGCGGGACACAGGACAGGAUUAGCAGCAAUGACCAGAGAGAGGCAGGAGGACAGGAAGCUGUCAAACCAUGAUACAUAUGGAUAAAAUACACGACUGCCUCUGAUUCUUUAGAGCUGACAUUGUUAAUCUUGGUUAGCAGCUACUGCUGUUGGGUGAAGGUGAGGUACACCCUGAACAGGUCGCCCCUCUGUCACAACCACACAUGCUAAAAGGAAGCCAGAGUGGCUAAGAAAAUCCACAGAAGAACAUGCACACCUCACACAGAAAGCCCUCAGCCUGAGGUGAGAGAGCCAACAAACUUUUAAUGUCAGCAAUCAAUCAAUUACUUGUCAGUACUUGCAGCUGUCAACAGGUACUUUGACCAGCUUCACCACUUUAUCUUUUUUAAGAUGUUUUCCCAACACCUCCCUUAAUUUACUGUUUUGCCAGCUAUUGUGCAUUUUGACUCGUUUUUUUGGGGGGGGGUCCCGUUUCUGUGACCCAUACUUGACACCAAGCACACUAGGUAGGUAUCCCAUUCUCUCAAGAGUUGUGGACACAAACCUACAAUCUUCAAUCCUCACGGCAGACUCUCUGUGACCAGAACACUGACACAUUUCAUGCAGUAACAUGACAUUAUUGUUAGAUAUACUAAUACGUUCCGUUUCUGUAUCUUUUGUAUCUGUGUUGCUUUUAAUUGUCCUUCUUUUGGUACUUGGGUUGGAUUUCACCUGCCCUGCAACUGAGACUGCCUGAUACGUCUGCGUUGCAUUUCAUGAAUUAUUACUAAGCUUGACAGCUGUGGUGAGCAUGUGCACCCUGAUAAACCGCCAACAGGUGAAGCAGGAAAACCAAGUGUUUGGAGAACGGGCAAACCAAGAUGGACAUUUCUGUUUUUCCCAACAGCAACCACCCUGAGAAGUUCCUCCAGCUGAACGUUGGGACGCUGGGGGCAAUGCAAGGUGUAUUUCAGAUGGGAGCCUUUAUGUCCAGCCAGAAACGAUGGCAGAAUGGGGUCUAUUCUCAGUGGGAGAAAACGAUCAAAUCAGGGGACAGGGGGCCCCCAACCACCCAAGACAGACCUGUGGCAUUUGUGGACAAACACUUGGAAAAGCACAUCACUCCAUUCACUCUGACAUCAAACAUCAAGACGAAUCCUCUGUACUCAGACACGGCGCCAAAGGAAGACUGGGAGACGGAAAAGCCCAAACCUUCUUGGACUAUCAAAGAAUACGACACGCAAGCUAUCCACCGACACCUAUCAAACUACCUAAAGGAAAAUACUCCUAAAGAUUUGGAUUUUUGGCUUGAAGAUCUCUACACGCCCGGAUUUGACUCUUUGAUCAAGAGAAAAGAAGCAGAGGAGAGAAAGAAAAAACUUUGUAAAAUUCUAUCUUUGGUUUUUUUAUUGGUUUGUGCAUCUCUGGUUGUCAUUGUUGUGCCAGUUUUGGUUCUGCGUAAUAAGAACUGAUGACGAGUCGUCUGUGUUCUAUGUAACAGUUUGGCAAUGUCCCAGAGUUAAUAUGUUUGUCACAUUUAUAUUUUCAGAUCAUUAAGCAAUGUAAAUAGGCAAAAAUGACACAAGUGGAUAGUUCCUUUGUCUUUUUUUCAUACUUUUCAUUUGUUUUACUUUACUGGUAGGUGACACCAUUUGUUGGUGUGUAACAUCAGUUUCUGGGAUGUGACACUAGAGGGCGAUGUUCACCUUGUUUUCUAUUGAGAUCUUCUACACAUAUAGAAAACAUUUUUAAAACUUAUUUUUCAGACAAAUCCGGACCAUGAGAUGUUGUGUUAGAUACAGAUGUAAAGCACAUGGAAAAGAUCUGUGAGCCAAACAGAAAUCUGAUAAAUCAACUUUCUAUCACAGAUGUUAUAGGAGUAUGAUGACAGGGGGAUGAGGAGUUCUGUUUAAGGAAAAAAAUCAUCACAAAACUAAAAAAGUUGAAUAUAAAUAUGACAAAGAACAAGUCUAUCUUCUAGAAACCUUUGAUUAAGUCAAGUGAACGGACACACAUGCACCGUUACUUUCAUCCAAAACAUCCCUUUGAGAAGAUCAUCGAGUCUUCAUUUUUGUAUUUUGGUCACCUGGGGAUCACGACUAUGCCCACUCUUUUCUACUGUAUUUAUAUUGUUUUGAUCAGCUUGAUCGAGGGAUCCAUGGAAUAUAUUUUUACAAUAUUCUGGUAAAAACUUUGCGAGCAAGAGGGGAACGCUACUUUUGUGAGCUCGCCACGCUAAUGCCAUUCAAAAUGUGCAAACUUUAUUGCCAAAUGUCACUUUGUCACAAAAUGGCAAAGUGUUUUAUCUUGGUUUCAUCUGUGGAUUUUUAAAUUUUUUUGCACAUCCUUUAGAGAUUUUGGUUGCAUUCAUUAUUUUUUUUCUCCCACCGUGAUGUCAUCAUUUUUAGAAUUUUCAGUCAGAAAGAUGAAUUGCAAAAAUAUUCUGGUCCAGGAUGAUUGCCAUUUUUAGAAAAUACUUUGCAAUGGAUUUUUCAUUUGGAAAUUAAUAGUUGAAUUGGAAAUGGUAUUUUAUAAUCAUUAUAUUUAAUACACAACAUAUUUCUGAUCAUCAAACAUCCGUCUUCCUGUUUCACAGACUAUGCAUGAGUUUGUAUAAAACACCCAUCCAAUAGGGAGCAAUCUUUCACUGUAGGGAGAUGCCUUCUUACAAAGUUCUCCUGUUAUGUCUGCAAGGUUGUGCAACACGAUUUUUGACAGGAUUUAAUCAGAUUCAUGGAUGUGGCCACUAGAGGUCACCCUAGCCUCAUAUAAACAUUUACAGCAGUUAUUUUAUAGUAAAGAACCAGAUGAGGGAGCAGUACUGAGAGGCUGCAGAUUCCAGUUGUAGUUUGUUUUCAUGCCUCAUAACAAGACGGCCCUGGUUCAAAUCCUGGCUAGGAUCUUUCUGAACGGAGUUUGCAUGAGCAGGUUUUCUCCACAGACUCCGGUUUAUUCCUCCCACAGUCAAAAGGCAUGCUUCAGAGGUUCAUGAAUUAUUCUAAAUUGCCCUGCAGGUGUAAAGGUGGUUGUGCGGCCCUGCAACAAACGGGAGACCUGUUCAGGGUGUACCCCACCUCCACCCAACAGUAGCUGGGAUAGGCUCCAGCAACCCUCUGGCCCCCCAAAAAGUCUGUUUGGAGCUUACACUGAGAAGCAAAUUCAAAGACUGUUUCCCAUUUUUAAUUAUUAAUAGAUGCAAACUACUAAAAAUGAAAGAUUUUUCAGGGACAUUUUAGGUUUCUAUGGGGCCGUGUGACAAGCGCAAAGAAAUCUGCAGCUGUUUAUGAACUGUAUGAAAUUUUUUUUUUAAUCCUGCAUUCUUUUUUUCUACUGAACUCUGAGUGCUCGCUGAGUUUAUACAGUUUAUGGUUUAAUGAUUAUUGCCUGCUCUACAAUUCCAGAAUUUGCUUCUUUUUUUUUUUUUAAUAAAAAGUUGACUGAUUUUUUUUCUGAUUGUCUGGAUAUUGUUGCAAUGAACAAAUAAUAAACUUUUAAAAUACUACUGUU